GCGGCCAUUUUUAGUGCCCAUAGAAGGGCAAAACGACACUGGAAGUUACGUUGACGCAACUUCCAGUGUCACACGGCUGCCGGUCCCGGAUUCUGCAGUCCGGGACUUGGAAGGUAAGCUUCAGACUGAAGAAGAAGAAGGGGGAAAACCACUGCAAACCAGUCUGCACAGUUCAGCUGAAAUGGUAGACAAGCUGCCUUCAGCCUAGUGCCAUCCAGAUGGUUUGGGCUCCAUCUGUCUUCAGUCUGGCCCGUGGUCAGGGCUGAUGGGAGUUGUAGCAUAUAAGGCUGGCAAAUUCUGUGAUAGGCUAUACAGUAGAUUAACAAGAACCACUAGUCCAUGAAGGAACUGGAGUGUGCAGGGGGAGUAAGAAGAAGGGAGUUUAUAAGCCCACGGCUUGUCCAUGUAACAACAAACCAUGGUUUAGUGUUACAUCUGAAUUGAAUCGUAUUGUGCAUACUCCCUGUUGGUGUGCUCUUUGUUUAUUUCAGGUACAUCCCACUAUUAUUUUUGGAAGCUCCGAGUUUGGAUAGCAUUGUGUUGAAGUAUUGAACAGUUUAACAUCUAAAAUAUAAAAGCAUUUUAGAGACAUUUGUCUAAUUAACAGCUACAGGAAUGUAUAGAAAAUUAGACGUUCUGUGCAAAAUUGAUUUUUGGCUCACAAAGAACACAUUUUGUCUGAGCAAGCCAGGUUGAUUUGGAACAAUUAAGAGAGGUGACCAUUCUGUUCAGUUUCCUGUUUGAGCCUAUAAGAAAAUGCUGGGCAGGAUUCCAGAUUUAGAAAAACAACAAAAUAGUAUAAAGACUAUGUAAAAUGUAGGAGAAAUUACAGAGGAAGAAAAUAAUUCCAUUUGGAAAGCAAAUACCUUGGAAAGGGCAAAGGUGAGUCAAUAAAAAACGGGAAAAGUUUUCACUAUCCCUUACUCUGUUAUAACAAAUAUUGAAUUUACUUUGACCUCUUAAUUGCUUUAGAGUUUAAAGUAAGUUAAAAGAGUAUCAGCAAUCUCUUUAAACAUAUCUCCUUACAGGAAUUAACUUGAGCCUCUUCCAUGCACAUGUCCAAUGCAUGGAGGGGACAGCUGGACUGGGAGGGAGUUGCAAAAUCUUCUAACCACACCCUUGAAUAUUUAUUUUAUUUAUUUUUAUUAAAUUUGUAUACCACCCAUCAUCCUCACAUCUCAGGGUGGUUCACAACAUAAAAAUACAAUAUAAAAGCAAAAAACCCACACAAAACCCACAAGCCAUUAUCCCCCUCCCCACACCCUCCCACGAACACAUUUUAAGGGUGUUGUUGUUGUUGUUUAGUCGUUUAGUUGUGUCCGACUCUUCGUGACCCCAUGGACCAGAGCACGCCAGGCACUCCUGUCUUCCACUGCCUCCCACAGUUUGGUCAAACUCAUGUUCAUAGCUUCAAGAACACUGUCCAACCAUCUCGCCCUCUGUCGUCCCCUUCUCCUUGUGCCCUCCCAUCUUUCCCAACAUCAGGGUCUUUUCCAGGGAGUCUUCUCUUCUCAUGGGGUGGCCAAAGUAUUGGAGCCUCAGCUUCAGGAUCUGUCCUUCCAGUGAGCACUCAGGGCUGAUUUCCUUAAGAAUGGAUAGGUUUGAUCUUCUUGCAGUUCAUGGGACUCUCAAGAGUCUCCUCCAGCACCAUAAUUCAAAAGCAUCAAUUAUUCGGCGAUCAGCCUUCUUUAUGGUCCAGCUCUCACUUCCAUACAUCACUACAGGGAAAACCAUAGCUUUAACUAUACGGACCUUUGUAGGCAAGGUGAUGUCUCUGCUUUUUAAGAUGUUGUCUAGGUUUGUCAUUGCUUUUCUCCCAAGAAGGGGAUAUAAGAAGGGGGUAUAAGAUGUUAAUUAGCCAAAGGCCUGGUUCUACAAAUUCUACAAAUGCUGAUGCCCCUGCUGACUACCCCCUGGUGGCCCUGUGGUUUGCCAUCAUUCUUGGAGUGUCUCCACACAGAUGGAAUCCACAUGGCUGGUGGGUGUGAUCCUAAAAAUAAGAACACAAAGCCAAUGGCCUAUCUACUCCACAUCACAAUGGCCAAAAAUAUGCCUAUGGGAAGCCCACAAGUGGAGCCUUAAUGUGAUAGUACUCUUCCCACUUGUGGUUUCCAGCCAGUGGUAUUCAAAGGCAUUCUGCUUCCCACAGUGGAGGUCAAAUACAGCCCUUGUAGCUAGCAGCCAGUGAUAGCCUUAACGUCCAUGCAUUUCUCUAAUCUUCUUUGAAAGUCAUCCAAGCUGGUGGCUAUCACUACUUCUUGUGGCAGCUGAUGUGGCACAAGCAGAUGCUUCUGAAUAGCAAACGACAACGUACAUUAAUUGCAUUGUUGCAAUUAAAAAGCAGUAGCUGUGGGGGAGAUCAGGAUUGGGACCAUGAGGAGUGGGGCCUUAACCUUCCUUCCCAACAAAAAUAGCCUCCGUUAAACUAUUUGUCCCAGGAAGAAAACUGCUAGUUGUUGUUGUUGGUGGGUUUUUGUUGUUGGGACAAUGAUGAAACGAUGGAAGGAGAGCUUAAAUACAGCUCACUGCAACCCCAAUCAGUUGCUUCAAUCAUGCAUUUAACGUGGCUCUUGGUUUCCACUCUUUGAGGCUGUGAAUUUGUUCCUUCUGUUAUCAACAUUGUUGUGGGCAAUGAAGCUCAGACAUUGUUAGCAACAGUUGCUUAUUAUUAUGUACAAUCUCUCCCGGGAUGUUGUGUGACUGACUGCAGUGGUCUGUCCAAAUAAAAAAAUAAAAAUAAAAAUAAAAGGAAGCAUGACUCCCUUUGGUACAUAAGAGACAACUGGCUUUAGAGGUUAUUGAUUAAAGCCAGGUAGGGAAUUCCCUUGCCUUCUCUCCUUGCAUUUGCUCACAGAUAACUGUGCUUAUUGUAUGAUUUUGAACAUCCAACUUGAUGAGAAGCCCUUUUAUUGUUGAAGAUGCUGUGCUGUAAUGGAAAUCCCAGUGUUGACACAGUUACUUGUCCUGUGAAUAAAUGGAGGAAAGGUGAAAAGAAAGCUCCUAAUUACCCUAGUGCUCUUUUUCAACUUUUUACCUAGCUGGCUGAUCUUUUUGAGUUUUGAAUGAGCAGGUACAUACCCUCCCCCGCGACAAUGCACCACAUGAAGGCCAUAAUAAUCCAGGCUUGAUCCAUACAAUUCUUCCCCCUGCACAUGCAGGCUACAAGCAUCAGGAUCUGACCUGAUUAAUGCAGUUGUUCCCCUUCUGUAAAAGGAAGGGAAGGUGGCAUGCAUUGGGACCUCACAGGCAUUUAAUUAUUAUUAUUAUUAUUAUUAUUAUUAUUAUUAUUAUUAUUUAUACCCCGCCCUCCCCGGCCGAGACCGGGCUCAGGGCGGCUAACACCAAGCAUAUAACACAUUAAAAACACAAAAUCAAAUGAUUAGCUUAAAAUACCAUCCAAAUCACAUUUAAAAUCAAAAUAAAAUUAAGUGGGAACCCAUGAAUCAUAAGCCUAGGGGUAAGGAAUUAAAAGAAUUUGCAUAGAAAAACUGUGACUCAUGCCACAUAAGGUUCUCAGUUGUUAUCUGCACUGCCAGCACAAUAGAAUCAAGGCAAGUUGGGUCUCAACUGGCUUAUGAGGUUGUUACAGUACCAGUGGGUAAGAAUGGCUGUCUCAACCAUUCCUUUGUUAGGCAGAUUUGAUAGUUGUUGCUAUUUCAUCUGUGGGGCUAACAGGAAAUGGCAUCCUCAUAGAUGGAAUCUCUUUACAUAGUCUCCAUCAUUUCUCUGAUUAAAAAUAGGGACAUCCAGUGCUGUUUUUCUAGAAAAAUAAGUGCUAGAACUCACUAUGAACGGCUCCUGUGUUCCCUUAUAAUGGCAAUGGUGCGUACCUGAGAGGUGCCGGAACAGAGUUCCGGUGAGUUCCAGCUGAAAAAAAGCCCUGGAGACAUCAUAUUCCAUACCCUCCAACAUUUAUCUGAUGAAAAUCAGGACACUUGGAGGGUUUGUCUUUGUAUCUUAGAAGUAGACAGCCAUCCAAACUCGGAGAAGAUCCCUUCUAGAUGAGGAAAAGGAGAGAAGGGGUAGAGGGACAUUAGGAGGGUUAUAAGCAGAAAGAAUGGGUUUCUAGGUGAAACAAGUGUGCUAACUGAAGAGGCAGCUGCCUUGAAGAAGCACUUGUUUGCCUCUCCUCAUGUUCUGCUUGUAUAUUUGUAAAUAAAGCAAAUAUGACAAAGUCUCCGUAACUCUCCAGUGCUCUCCUAUCCGCAGGAAACUAAACCCGGCAACACCGUCUCUGCAACAUCACACCUCUUGGGGAAGUGGGGUGCAUUUAACAAUAGAUAUUGAAUACAAUAGGGACGCGGGUGGCGCUGUGGUCUAAACCACAGAGCCUAGGGCUUAUUGAUUGGAAGGUCGGCAGUUCGAAUCCCCACGACGGUGUGAGCUCCCAUUGUUCAGUCCCAGCUCCUGCCCACCUAGCAGCUCAAAAGCACAUCAAGCGCAAGUAGAUAAAUAGGUACCGCUCCGGCGGGAAGGUAAACGGUGUUUCCGUGCGCUGCUCUGGUUCACCAGAAGCAGCUUAGUCAUGCUGGCCACAUGACCUCGGCCUAUAGAGCGAGAUGAGCACCACAAUCCCAGAGUCGUCUGUGACUACCGGGUAGAUCUAAUGGUCAGGGGUACCUUUACCUUUAUUGAAUACAAUAAAACCUGUUUUUAGAACAUUUGCAGCUAUCAUUACCAAUAAAUGAGAUAUGUGGUGGGUGAGCGUUGUAACUUUUAAAACAAAAUAUAUUUUAAUUCAUCCUAAAAUCUAUCUUUUUAGAGGGAUUCUUGUGUGUGUGUGAAAGAGAGAAAGAGCACUUUCUGUUUGGUAAUCUACUAAGGGUCUGAUAACAUUAAUGGGCUUUGCCUCACACAGAGUUCUGAGUAUAUUGUACCACUGCUCGCUGAUCCCAGGUCAGUGUGAUGCGUGAAAUCAAUUUAUUUGAAUCUCUUUGCCUCUAUAGGAAUUUGGCAGCAUGCCAGUUGUUUUCAUUUAAUGUUCUUUGUGUUGAACACAAGACAAGCAAGCUUGCUUUUGUACUCUUCCUUCUCUCUCGUCUUUCAGCCCAUGUUCCCUUCUGCAGAUUCUUGAGACAAAGGAGAACACGUUGCUUAGCUUAUUUUUAUUUUUAUUUUUUAUUUAAAAAGCACCCUAUUUUGUUUCAGAUGGCAUCUUAAAACAGGAAAUUAGGUCAGUUGCAAAGCUGUCCCUGUGUUUGCUUUGACAUUGCUUUGCAAGUCAUAUGUUGCGUUUCAAAGCAUUCAGAAGUUGUUAGUGUUGUGGGUGAGGGUGAAGCUGAUUUUUUUAAUAAAAAAAAAUCUUGAGCGGCAGACAGAAAUUGAACAAAGGGAGAGAAAACUCUGCAAUAGCUGAUUUCCUAUUGUUUCUCUAGUAACAAGAAGGCUUGCAAUACAGUAUCAGAAUGUUAGCGAUACUUCUUACAGGGGCAGGUGUUUUGCAAAAAGCCAUCAUGACAUCCAUUGAUGUUAAUUCAUUGUUUCCUCAUUAGAUACAUAAUAUAUAACCUACCCCAAGUUGCUUCAAUAGCUGGCAACAUUUUGCAGAAUGUCUACCAAACAACACAAUCUUCCUUGCUUCUCUACCCCCACCCCAAUUUCUUUUUUAAACAAAUGAUCGUAAGGCUGCUUACACAGUCCAAGCAAUUGUACUUAAAUAUGAGAAAACAUACUGCUUGAAAAAUUGGCUAUUACUUUAAGAGACUUGUUUCAAAGAGGAUGGAAGGGGCGGGGAGGAAGGAGCACAUAGAAGAUUCUGUUGAUGCUCCAGGCAGUUUGUGCGGAAGUUGAUAUGCAGAACUAUGGAGCCACGCCACCGGGGUCAGGCUCGUACCGUCAGACCCUGCUUCCUUGUUUAAUUACCUGAAGAGCAAAACAUCCAAUCUGAAAGUGUGUGAAAGUCCAGUAUCUCUAGCUGCAGUUUGCUGCUCUGACAUCCUGCAAAGCCAACCCUGUCUGUCCACAAACGUCAGGGCCGGUUCCUGACAGUCGCCUAUCUCUGCCCAGCCUGGGUUCCUUUCAUUCAGGAGGUAUUGUGUACAAGAGGGUUUGGUCAGGAAUGUGAGGUUCCUGCCGGUGCUGUUCUCCCAGUCCUGACAACGCUGGCAUAAAGGCUGGGGGACUUUUUUCCCCCUUUCAAAAAAAAAAAGUGGCUAGUUUUUAUUUCCCUUUAUAAAUCUGGCAUUGAUGUAUUGUUCACUUACAUGUUAACUGGCUUGCUUCUGGGACUGAAGUGUUCCAUUUUGGUUUAGAUAAUCUUCUGUUGAUCUUUCUGUGAACUUUCUACAGGAAAUAAUUUGAUGGUGGUGGGUAAAAUAAAAGUUAAACUGACUAGUUUGCACUGAAUUACAUGGUUCAGGGUGUGAGAGCAGGUUUUCUCUUGAAAGAGAAGGCUGGGAAAUCUUCUCAAUAACUUACCAACAAAAUACAAAUAAGCUUACAUAAGGGGAAGCUCAGUGGUAUAUCACCUGCUUUGCAUGAAGACAAUCCCAGGCUAAAUCUUUGGCAUCGCCAGGUACAGCUGGAAGAAUCAUAGAAUUAUAUCGUUGGAAUGGACCACGUAUGUUGUUGUUGUUGUUGUUGCUGCUGCGCUGUGGGUUAAACCACAGAGCCUAGAGCUUGCCGAUCAGAAGGUCGGCGGUUCGAAUCCCUGCGAUGGGGUGAGCUCCCGUUGCUCGGUCCCAGCUCCUGCUAACCUGGCAGUUUGAAAGCACCUCAAAGUGCAAGUAGAUAAAUAGGUACCGCUACAGCGGGAAGGUAAACGGCGUUUCCGUGUGCUGCUCUGGUUCGCCAGAAGCGGCUUUGUCAUGCUGUCCACAUGACCUGGAAGCUGUACGCCGGCUCCCUUGGCCAAUAAUGCGAGAUGAGCACCGCAAUCCCAGAGUCGGUCACGACUGGACCUAAUGGUCAGGGGUCCCUUUACCUUUACCUAUACCUGUAGGUCUCAGGGUGGUUCACAGGAUAAAAUCAGAAUAUAAAACAACAAAAUACGUAUUAAAAAUAAAAACCGCAACAACCCAAUAAAACACACACACACACACACACAUUUUAAAAGGGCAUAGGAUGUCAAUCCAAUCAACCAUAGGCCUGGUUAAAAAGGAACAUUUUUGCUUGGUGCCUAAAGGUGUAUAAUGAAGGCCCUAGGCGAACUUCUCUUGGGAGAACAUUCUACAGACAGGGAGCCACUCCAGAAAAAGGCCCAACCCACUGCAAUGCAGGAAUCUUUUUGCCCAAUGUGGGGCUUGAACCUACAACCCUGAGAUUAAGAGUCUCAUGCUCUACCUACUGAGCUAUGCCUGAAACCUUGGAGAGCCACUGCCACCCUGUGUAGACCAUACUGAGCUAGAUGGAUUAAUGGCCUAAUUCAGUUUAAGGCUGCAUCUUAUGUUUCUAUGUAUAGCAAGUAGUGUAUUAGAUCAGCAUGAAAAAACGAUGUGUGCAUGAAAACGACUGUAAACAUCUGUUCAACAUUUAAAUAAGUAUGGUACAUAUAUGAGCUAUAUUAAGGAUACUUCCACACUAGUGCUUAUGGUGGGGUAGGCCAUCCACAUACAUGCAAGUCUUUUGCAAUGUUCACAGGGCAUCACUGCCCCCAAAAUUACAGCAUAUAUAUCCCUCCCUACAUUUGAUCCAGAUUUACCAGGUUCAGAUUUCUGCGGAAAUCCAGCAAGUUUUUUUUGUUAAAAAACAUCCUGUUCCAAUGCCCCAUUUGCAACAUCUCAGUGACCCGUUUCCAGUAUUAAGCACCCACCUGGAGGCACCUGAACAUAGCUGUCCAAUUCUUGGGGCCAGGUUCAAGAAACUUUUAAAGAGUUCUUAGUAGAAAGAGGGGGGGGGGCAGAUACAGGGGAAUGCUUUAGGGCUUUUUAUCAGAGAUGCAAAAAGUGAUGGGAACUAGGAUGAAAGAUAAGGAGGGGGAGGUUGGUAGAAAUUAGUCUGGAAAAAGUUUUGGGUCUACCAGGAGCUGAGGAAGGGGACUGGAGAAAGUUGCUUUUGGUGGCAAGGUGGUAGUCAAGGAAAGAAGCAAAAAUACAGGGGGAUGGUGGAAUUUUCAGACUAUUUGCAAGAGAGGAAUUGAAAGAAGGUGCCAUGAGACAGACUCCCACAGCAUCAGUAGAAAUAAGAGGUUUGAGACAGAGUGCCCUCAGCUAGGGAAUUGGUCCUAUUACCAGAAUCAUACAGAUGUUUGUGAACUAUUCUUUGCCAAGACUGGACUUUUUUUUAAAAAAAAAUGAAAGCUGGAAUUUAGAAUUGUGCUAGAUCCAUGUUUCUUAAUUAUGGGCCGCACAAUACUUGACCAACUUCUUUAUCUAUAGUGUCUUAAAGCAUAAGUGUACUUCCCAAUUGCUAUUGAUUUCUUUCAGGCAGUCCCCAGCCAAAAUGUGUCCCCGGGACCACCUUAACAUCUUCAACCCUUGCUCUUUACCAGUGCUGGUGGUUCUUAGCACCACACACUGUUGUGCUGCUUCUAAACUAGGCUUCCAAAGUGCUUUACUUUGCCCUUGCAGCAUCAUUGGGGUAAUAGGAGAAGUCCAGGACCACACAGGAGAAAUUCACACUAAGAGGAGUAAAAGCAUGCCAGCAUCAGUCCUUAAGAAGCUGGUUUAGCACUGGACUCACUUAGAAUCAUAGAAUUGUAGAGUUGGGAGGAACCACGAGAGCCAUCAAGUCAAACCUCCUGCAAUGCAGGAAUCUUUUGUCCAAUAUGGGGCUUGAACCCACAACCCUAAGGUUAGGAGUCUUAUGUUCUACCGACUGAGCUAUGCCAGCAUAUGAGGAAGAUCUGCAGUAGGGGCUCCAUCCAUGUGGUUCUGGGUUUAUCGCAUUACCUGAAAGUGUGGGAAGGAUUAGCGCUGCAGCAACAACUGGAGUGCCAAGGUGAUGCAGAAACCUAGGCUAAAUGGGCAUCACACAUUCAUAGCCAAGCUGCAAAACUGCUCUUUCAUCCCUGAAAUUGAUCAUUGUGAGUUCUGUGGAGAGAAGGAGCCAGUUGUUUUUGCAAUGUGAGCAGGUAAUUAAAAAGUGUAUCCCUUGCGUAAGACCUGGGAGUUUGGCCGUUAUAGCUGAAGGACUUGAGUCAAAAAAUAUCACACCAAAUAUGGGGGGGGGGCAUUGCAAACUCAGAUAGUUAAGGUAUUUGGGUAAUGUUGAGGUAGAUUACGAGGGUUCUGCUGUAUGGCAAAUAAGUCAAUUACACGUUUACAAAGAAAAGGAGGAAGAAACUGCAGGGAAGGGGGAGAGCUUCUCAGCCCCACCCCCACCCCCACUCUGGUGAUCUGAAUAUACAUUGAGAAUUCUGUAGUGUUGCAUAUUUGCUCCACCUGGUGGAUCUUGCGAAAAGUAUCUUAAUCCCUGUUAAUGAUAAGUGAUCACAUUUGAAGCUCAAGCAUAUUAGCCAUUUGUAUUAAUAAGGGCACUGUAAAAUGCAUUUUUUUUGUUUUCAGAAAAAGAGAAAACAUUAGAUAGUUUUGCUUGCCCACACUCGGUCAUUGCAUUAAUCUUUAUGAAAGCGUAGCAUUUCCAACCAAUUAAUGAUAACAGUUUACCCCCAGUCUCAUCUAAAGAUUAGCAAUUAAAUUGUCGGAAUAUAUGGCUUUUUGAGGUUAUGCGUGAUCAUUUAAGGUUGCCUUCCCCGCUCCCUUGCAAGCAGGCAAUAAUUAAUGAGCUCUCCUGAUAAGAAACAGCAAUGCGGUCAAAAGGAUUGGUUGGUAGUACAGAGGUGGUCUGAAAAUCUGUGUCAUUAGCCUACCUUGCAAACAUUGUUUUACUCGCAAUUCUGCAGGACCUGGUUAUCCUUCAAUCUCCCUAUUUUUUCUCCUACAGUUAUUUCCCUGCUCCCCCUCCUAAAUUAUACAUUGUUCCCCAACAGAAGGUGAAGUUUAGAAAACAGUAUCUCCAUAUGCGAGGGAUUUUGAGACCUUUUUUUAUUGUCUUUAAAAAUGUCAUUCACAGUCCUCAUUAGCAUUUAUUGUUGCAAGUGUAGAAGCAGAAAAUGUGAAAUUGGUAUGUCAUGAAUAGCUGCACAGAGCUCUGGAGCCCUGAAAUGUUGCCUGCAAUGUGGUGUGGGGAAGGCAUUGAGAGCAAGCUGUCCAGAUGGCUGCCAGCGCCAAGCAAAGCUGCAGGUUUUUGUCUCUGGUGCCGAGAGGAGGGAAAGUUCACUGGAGCAUACGCUAUCACCCCUUGCAUUUUAACAAAACUAACUCGCUAUCUGUCAAAACGGGGAGGUGGUGACACUGGAACAAAACAAAACAAAAGUUCUCAGUGGUAAUGUUGCAAUCUCCCAUUAAAGGCUGAAAGAAUGUCACAGAUAUCAAAAUGUUUCUAAGAGAAAAAGGGAAUGUGUAAUAUUUAUAUAAAGGCAGAAUUUCCUAAUUAGACCUGAUGAUGCAUAUUUCCGUUGGUAGGUUUUCCCUGAAAUGAGUAUUCUGCAUGCUGGGAGGAAAUGGAUGAGGAAGCUUAGUUUUAAUAGCACUUUAAGUCAAAAUAUAGGAGAUCAAAGUCACUUGGGGGCUCUGUUAGUAUCCCAAACUUUUUGAUCUAGUUUUGAAGCAAUGGAUAUUUGAAUUCGCUGGUUAUUGGAAUGUAUAUUUUGUCAGACUUUACAAUAUUGCAUACAAUAUUCUGUAUAGUGGGAAGUAAAAUUUGUGACCCAUGGCCAACUCUUUAGCAGUAGUUCUUGCUGCUGUUAAGAGGCACAAGUUCCUUGGUAUGCUUGAUCGCUUUUAAUUUUCUGACUGGAGUACAAACUUUAUUGCAUAUCCUCUUUCAAAACUCAGCCCAUUGUUGUUCUCAUUUUACAGGUGGGAAACUGAGAUGCCACCGAAUGCUUAAAAAUAGGCUUCCCAGAUAGUAUAACUUUGGCCCGCAGUGUAUGAAUAGGGAUGGUAUUAUUAUUGCUCUUUUUUCAGUAAUUCCUGAUCCACAGGAAAUGUUAUGAGCACCUAUGAUGUGAGGCCCAACUGAAUUUGUACGAAUGCACAGUAUUUUUGCAUUUGGCUCAUAUUCCUGUUACCACUUGGUGGACCAGACUAACCUGCCAGGACAGAUUCUCUCCUGAUCUGAUAGCUCAAAUGAUGGCCUGCCUAGUUGAUUCUUUUAUUAAACAUGUGCGUUGAUUUUAACUUAAUCUCAGUUCUAUAGUUUUAGAACUGUUUCUCGCACAUUACAUUCAGCCAACCCACCCAGGAUUGCCAUCAUGUCUACACUUGACAGAGCCAAAUCCAGUUCUAUCUUCAUCUCUUGUGUUACGACAUUUUGCUGACUAAGACGCAGCAGUGAGUACUACCCCCACCCUGGUUGAAGUGCAUAGUCUUAGCAACUUAUUUGGGCACCUGAGGAUGAAAAUCCCACAGGUGCUUCUCUUCCUUGACAGGAAAAUACAACAACAAUAAAUUAAAUAGUUUACAAUGGGGUGACUUUAAAAAAUAUAUAUCCCAAAUCAGCUGCUUGGGGUUACUGUCUCAUUUUACUUAAUGACUAUCAAUGCCAGCCAUGGUAUCUGUUCAUAUGUUUGCACACAAGUGUUUGUUGUAUUCAUAUUUUACCUUUUUUCAGACUGUUCAUAGGCACACAUCUAGAAAUAAGGUUUUGUGGGUGCACCCUGGAUCUUAUCCCAAGAUGCACUCAUUAGUUGACAAACUAAAUGCAACUUCUCUUUCACACAAACACAAACACAAUUUUCUAAAGUAAAUGUGCAAACAGUUUCCCUAUCUUCAUUCCACUCAGCUAUAUGAUCUAAAAUCCCAUUGUAGCUAUUUUAAGAAGCAGAGUAAGCCUUGCCAAUAAGGAAGUGUGUAGGGAAAACUCUUGGCAUUAUCUGGUGAGUAUUUCUUUUUAAAAUGUGCACAUUCAAAGCUGAAAUCAUGUGCCACAUUGAAGUAUUCUAGCAAUGUUUCUGAGGAAAGAUAGGGUUGUUGUUGCUGUUGUUGUUGUUUUAAAAAAGGUUUAGUGUGGUUAUUGUGUCAUGGCAGUGCUAAAAAGAAAAAAUCAGUUAUUUGUGUGGCUGAUCUCUGUUGGAACAUUGCUGUAUUACCUUAAUCCAGAUGCAGUAUUUUAAUACAGGUCCUUGCAGUAAGAAACCACAGAUUUCUCUUUUGUAGAAAAAAGAAAGAAAGAGAAACCAAAAAACUGUGACAUGUAAAUUUGAUUCUCAUCUUACUGUUUCGGAUUAUUAUUAUUUUAAGCCCAAGGAAAGUGACAUAAAUGUAUUAGAGAAAUACUGUAGGGCAGCACAACCGCCAGCUGCAGGAAAUUAAUACAUGUAUUCAUGUGGUAGUGUGUUUACUGCACAUCACGUUGACAGUCUAUUGAAUAAAGUUAGGAAGGCAUCCAAAUAGAAUCUCCCCACAAAAAACUCAACAGCUCAUGUAUUAGGUGGGUUUGCCUUGUCAGUAAGAUUCCUUGUGAAAACACUAACGGCUUCCAGCUGGGUGGAAAAUCAAAUCUUUGGGGUCUGACAAACUUAGCAGAUCAGAAUUUGAAAGCCCGGCUAAUGCUCUAUUUUUACUUGCCGCUCACCCAUAAAAGAUUAUUUUUCAAUAUGUCGGCCUCAUUUGGUGGCCGGUGGCCUGAGAUUGAAAGUGGAAAGGCAAGUGAGGAAAUCUGGACAUUAUCGAGUCUGCCCUUUCCAACUGGUAUUCCACUUUGUGGAAUAGCCUUGCCUGGAGAUGAGGGGGUGUCCGAAUGACCAUUCAUCAAUGCUCGUUGCCUGAUCAUUGAGUGCCUUCUCAUUCAGUUUAUCAAGCCUUGCACAUAAAAAGUCAGAAUAAGCAUUAUUCAGCUUUGUUAACGCCAAGUAGGAGUAAAAUGCUCCAUUUGAACCCAUUUUGCCCUUGGUUUUUCACUUUGUUAAUGCAGUCCUGCUUAAAUGAGUGCCUUUAUUGGGUCAGUUAGAAUAUCUGAAACUAUUAAUUGUCCUGAACUGAAUAGCUGGUGGCAGGCCAGAACAGAUGGGGUAGAAAACUAUUUGGUUGGGUGUAUUGCUUUCAAUUAGGAUCAAUGAGGUUUCAAUGCCUUUGAAUUAACUCACUUAAUACCGACUGUGUGAAGUCACAGUGUAUCACAACAGUCUGCUAGGAGGGGAGAGGGGAAGUUGCAGAGGCCUGCAGAAAAGCUUUGAGUCAAUUUCUUCCUUCGCUGCUAACAAAGAGCUUUCAUUAGCUACAUAGGCAGUUGAGAGGACUUUAGUCCCUGUUGGUAAGUCAGGUGUAAGCAAGAGAAAAAUGCCUGCUUCGGGGCUGGAGACUGCUAUCCUGGACCUGCACACUGUUUAUUAUGCUUGCAUGUCCCAUUAAUUUCACUGCACAUGAUUGCGCAUAGGGUUACAGGCCUAACGCUCUGGCGUAUGAGAACAUUUCCCCCCUAUGGGUAAUGUGAUGGAAUAACAACUAUCUAAAGUCCAAAAGAAAUCUAAUUUUGCAAAUGGAUAUUUUUUGGGGGGAGGGGUUGGGGGGGAGGUCUGGCAACAGCCUUGGCUAUGGGGAGUCAAAUGGGAUCAUUUGACUUUAUUUUGUAAGCAGUUUGACGAUCUGCAGGAUAAUUCACUGGCUAAAUAUACACAAGAUAAUAACCUUUUAUAAGAUAACCUCAAGCCUGUUGUGUUGUCUCUGGCAUAUAAUCCUUGUAUGAUGCAAUGUUCUUUUGCAUGUGAAAAUACUCCUUUUGUGGCAGUCUUUUAUUCUGAUGUUUUUAUCUGCUGUGUACAACCAAUAGAGAAUGGUAAUGUUUUUGUUUUUUAAAAAACAACAACAACACAGAAUUGUUGACAUUGAUUGUCCAUCACUGUUACACAUUUUGGCCUCACUUUAUUUUAUUUUUUAAAAAAUAAAAUAACUAAGUGGUACAAAAAUUGUUACAGUAAUCCUUAAGUGGCUGCAUUAAAAAAAAAUAUCCAGUAAUAUUUAUUUGAGGAGGACUGCCAAAUGGGUUGCUGCUUGCCUCAGAGUAUUAAAUAAUGAGAGGGGGGAAAUGAUUCCUGCAGCUGGCUGCUUGAGAAAAUGCUGAAGUAGUCUCACAUGCACUGGCAUUCUGCUAGGGCCCCUUCCAUAAGUAGUCUUCUAGGUGAGAAUCUCCAGGGAUACAGUUUUUGUUGACGUGGAUCAAUUUAAAUGGCAAUUACUGUAGUCAGAUAACAGCUUAAAAAGCCCUUUUACACAUAGAAAAGAUGCAUAAUCAGAUGGCAUAUGGUAGUGUUCAAUUUUCUGAGCCAUAGCUUGAGGAUUUGCAAUGUACUGAUAUUAAGACCCACUUUUAAAACUGAAUAUUGUACCAUUUUAUUGAGAUAUGUUGCUCUUUAGCUUUAUUAUCCCCCCCUCCAUUUCUACAGCUGCUUCUACAUUGAUGAAAGGUUGCUUUUCCAACAGUGAAAAUGCCCCCCUCCCUUUCGUGUGAAGUAUAGCUGUGUGUGUGUGUGUUUUAAAUAAUAAAUAACGAAGUCGUGGUCUCUCUUAAACAGUAUAUUGAAUAAAUAUUUCCAAAAUCUAUUCUUUCCUUUUUGUCUUCUAAAGUUAGCUGCUGGCAAUUGUAACACCUUCUGCUUUAUAAGACUUGCUUUAUCUCCUAGAUUUCAUCAACAAUGUAUUAUAUGAAUCCUUGCUACGCUAGACAUCUGACCAAGAUGAGCACAGCGUUGCCCUCUAAAUAGAUGCCAUUAUGUUAUUAGGGCUGGCACGAAGGAACCACUAUGCGUUUUUCCUUCUCCUUUAAAAAAAAACAACCAACCUUAAAAUGCAACAAUAGUUGCAUGACAAUUUAGCUUGUGCUUUUAUACACGGACACUGUAGUUGUUAGGUUGGCAGUUUAUUCAACAUAAACGGCUUUGCUUCUAAAUGCAAAUUGUGCCCUGAAAACAAUUUUUUAUUAGAUGAGGACUGAACAUUUUUAUGAUUUGAGUGCCCUGAAGAGGAGGAGAGAAUGAACACAAAACAUAUAGAAGAGAAAUAAAAGAAGGCAAUAAGAUCUAAAACAAUUCCUCAAACGUAGAAGCAUUUAAGAAUUCUUCAUCUCCUUCCCAGCCCCCAGUAGAUAGAUUUACAGUGCCAUUGAACGUUUGAACAGAGAGGCUCAGAAAGAGAGGAAGAAAACUCUAAUAAAGCUGUGAAAAUGUUUGUCUCUUGUUUUGGAUAAAAAUAUGUUUUUCUUGGGGGGGGGGCAGGCUUUAGAAUACAGUUGCUUUUCCUGGAAUUUUCUGUAAGCCUAAAUGUGUUGCAGAAGGGAUGUGACUCAGGCAUAUGUUCCUCCUAUGAGGCAGGGGAUGUUUUACAAAGGACUGAAGAGGGACUGCUGAGAGGAAAAUAGCCAGCUUUAGAUAAAGCACUGUAACAAAGACUUGUAGUUUUAUGUAUCAUGGUGUCCAUUAAAGCUUAAUAGGGAAGAGUGCAUUGAACCUAGCCAGGCAUAUGUUAUUCAUGUGAAGGAUAAACAUUUAAGGGGAGUGCAGAAACCUGGAGGACGUGAUUGUUUAGCUUUUGAAAAAAGCUUUACAGGGAAGAUUUUGUUUUCAUCCCCCAUGGAUCUCCAUGCAAGGUAAAGGAAGAGUAAGCGGCAAAUGUUUGGAGAGUAUCAAUGCUGGAAUCCCAGGGGGGUUAAAAGCAUUGUAGUAAAAUGAAAGUGGACUGCCUCUAAGUGUGUUCUAUUUUAUACAUGCCACUGAGAAGCUGACAAAAGGAAUGAUUUUGAUACUCUGUUCGCUGUGAUAAAAUGACACAUUGAUGGCGAGAUUCUCCCCACCUCCCCACUUCUCCUUUAAAAACACACACACAAAACAAAACCCAAACUUCUGUGUUCACGCACAUUGCGUACUUUAAACCGUAGAAGCAAUCUCAACAUUUUCCCCGCACCUCCAAAAUCCACUGGAGCUGAAAUUUAUAGCUGUUAAUUGGGGUUGGGGGGGAGGAGGAGGAGGAGGAAGCGCUGGUUUUAAUAGACGCUUUCUGUGAGAGAAAGGGUUAACUUUUAAAAAGGGAGAAAAUGAAUAAUUCAGUGUUCGGUGCUUUAUCACUCUGCAUUUUACUGUCUAUUCUUUUGGUCCUCUGGAACUUGCUGUGAAAGGUACAGUAACGGGGAGUCAGCUGAGGGGGUUGCGAUAAUUUGCACACACAUCGCUGUCAUUGUUCUGCCUGAAGAGACGGAGCUGGGUUCAAGGCCACAUGUGCUCCUGUCAUCAUUCACAUUUCUGCUCCAAGUGCAACCCAGAGUGUCAGCUCUCCAUCUGUCUUUGCCUGGCAAAUGCAGGCGCCCAGCAUCCUGCCUCCAGCUACACUGCCACAGCCAGUUAGGAUGGCCCUCCUUGCGUCUCUCUGCUCAUUCCAGAACAGGAGGCGCUGAGUCCCAAAUAAGCCUGCUUUGGGGAGAGAGCCUUUUUGCAGUGGGUCUGUUUUAUUCAAGAUGCCUGAUCGCAUCGAGAAGCAUUCCACAAUGCCAGACUCACCUGUGGAUGUGAAGACGCAAUCCCGGCUGACGCCCCCAACAAUGCCACCUCCUCCCACUACCCAAGGAGCCCCAAGAACCAGCUCUUUCACACCCACAACGUUAACCAAUGGCACAAGCCAUUCACCAACAGCACUAAAUGGGGCUCCUUCACCACCUAAUGGCUUUAGUAACGGCCCAUCAUCUUCCUCCUCAUCGUCCUUGGCUAAUCAGCAGUUACCACCAGCUUGCGGAGCUAGGCAGCUUAGCAAACUGAAGAGAUUUCUCACAACCUUACAGCAGUUUGGCAAUGACAUUUCACCAGAGAUUGGGGAGAGAGUGCGUACCCUCGUGCUAGGACUUGUGAAUUCUACUUUGACAAUUGAAGAAUUUCAUUCCAAACUACAAGAAGCUACUAACUUCCCACUGCGACCUUUUGUCAUCCCAUUUUUGAAGGCCAAUCUGCCCCUGCUACAGCGGGAGCUCCUGCACUGUGCAAGGUUGGCCAAGCAGAACCCCGCCCAGUACCUCGCUCAGCAUGAGCAGCUGCUUCUGGAUGCCAGCACCACCUCACCUGUUGACUCCUCAGAGCUGCUUCUCGAUGUGAACGAAAACGGGAAGAGGCGAACUCCAGACAGAACCAAAGAAAAUGGCUUUGACAGAGAGCCUUUGCACUCAGAGCAUCCAAGCAAGCGGCCCUGCACUAUUAGCCCAGGCCAGCGGUACAGUCCAAAUAAUGGUUUGUCUUACCAGCCCAAUGGUCUGCCUCACCCCACUCCGCCUCCACCUCAACAUUACCGUUUGGAUGAUAUGGCCAUCGCCCACCACUACAGGGACUCAUACAGACACCCCAACCUCAGGGACCUCAGGGACAGAAACAGACCUAUGGGGUUGCAUGGCACACGUCAAGAAGAAAUGAUUGAUCAUAGGCUAACAGACAGAGAAUGGGCAGAAGAAUGGAAACACCUCGACCAUCUUUUAAACUGCAUCAUGGACAUGGUGGAAAAAACAAGGCGAUCUCUCACUGUGCUACGGCGAUGUCAGGAAGCUGACCGGGAGGAACUCAAUUACUGGAUACGGCGGUACAGCGAUGCAGAGGAUUUAAAAAAAGGCACUGGUAGCAAUCACUCCAGGCAGCAGAGUCCAGUGAAUCCAGAUCCCGUCCCUUUAGACUCACAUCGAGAAUUCCUUCACAGGCCUGCUUCUGGAUACGUGCCAGAGGAGAUCUGGAAGAAAGCUGAGGAAGCAGUCAAUGAAGUAAAACGUCAAGCAAUGACCGAGCUGCAGAAGGCAGUGUCGGAGGCAGAGCGGAAAGCCCAUGAUAUGAUUACUACGGAGAGAGCUAAGAUGGAACGCACGGUCGCAGAGGCCAAGCGGCAGGCAACAGAGGAUGCACUAGCUGUGAUCAAUCAGCAAGAGGAUUCUAGUGAGAGUUGCUGGAACUGUGGCCGUAAAGCUAGUGAAACCUGCAGCGGUUGCAACACGGCACGAUACUGUGGCUCAUUUUGCCAGCAUAAGGACUGGGAGAAGCAUCACCACAUCUGUGGACAGACACUUCAAGCGCAGCAGCAAGGAGAGACACCAGCAGUCAGCUCCUCCGCAACGCCCAACAGUGGAGCCGGGAGCCCGAUUGACACUCCACCAGCAGCCACGCCUCGGUCAAACACCCCUGGGACUCCGUCCACCAUAGAAGCGACUCCUCGCUAAGACUGAACCGCAGAACUACUAAAAACAAACACAAACACAAAAUUCCUCAUCCUCAGAUGCUCAAAGGUUUUUACUGAACUGUCACGUUUCAAUACUGCAAAAGAACUUUAAACUGUAUCUUGAGGUAGAAGUAAAACAAAAAACAAAAACAGAAGGCCAGUAACGGGUCAUAAUGACUUCUUCUGGAAAACAAAGAUACCUUUCCUUUAGGAAACUGAGAAGAGCAGAUAAUUUUAACACAUUCAAAAUGAUAGAUUUGACCUCCUCCCUGUUAUUUUCCAGUAGCUGGGAUUUUAAACUAGAUGACCUCAUUAACAGACGCUUUACCAAACAGCAAACCAAGAGAUUGCUAAUUGCUGUUGAAAGCAAAAAUGCUAAUAAUAUAAAGUCACAAUGUUCUUUAUAACAAUAAUGGGAUUUAAUAAAUAAAAAAUGCGAGAGAGAGAGAGAGAGAUAGAUAGAGAGAGAGAUAGAGAGAGAGAGAAAUAAAGAAAGAGAGAGGGAAAACCCUCAAGGGCAUGAGCAUUGGAUAAAACAGCAGCAGACAUAUUAAGAAGAAGAUGUAUAGUGUCCGUGGGUUACUGACUGAACUCUGAAGGCCCGCAUCAAAACGCGCAGAUGUGCAGCAGAUUGGAAGGAAAAAAUGUUCAUUUUUUUCUUGUUUCUGAAUGAAAUAUAAUAAUAUCCAGGUCAACAGAAUGAAAAAUGGAAGAUGAUUUGCAGUGGGAUGUAGGACUUAAAAAAAAAAACAGCAGCAAAGGGGGAAAAAUUGCCAUUGUACAAAACGGCUCCUCUUCCUUUCCGUUCUUUGUUUUGUUUUGGGUUUUUUUUUUCAUUUCUGUUUUUGUUUCUUGUUUUCCUGUUUAGUACAGAAAUAAGGACACAGCCUGCAGUUAAUUAGCAUUUUGGCAGCUACUACAUCAACCAGCUGCCUCUACCCCCCACCCACCCCCCCACCCAAAAGAAUAUAAAGUUUAAAAAAAUCCCUUCACUUUUUUACAAGGUUCCACAGAGUACGACAAUCGGGUCUAUUCAACCUCAUUCAUUUUUUUGUAUCAACAACGAUGGUAAAUAACAGUGACUCCAGCUCCAGAACCCUUCCAAAAUUCUUUCCAUCCCAUCCUGUCUGGGUUUUUUAAUAAAGAAAAAAAAAGAUAUAUUAAAAAUGGGGGGGGAGGAAUCUAGUAGUUCUCUUGGUGUUAUAACACUUCUGUCCUGUGAGGUUUCCCAAUGGUGUUUUCUCUUGUAAAUGUGUUGGACAAAUGUGAAAAUGCAUUGUAGUUAACCAUGCUCACAUUUAGUCUUCUUUAUUACUAGUAGGUAAGAAACCUGUAACUUUCUAUGCUGCUUUUAUAUCUGUAUGUAGUAGUGAUAUUUCUCUAGUAGUUCAAAAGAGAGAAGAAAAUCCCCCCCCUCUUUUCCCCCCGUUUGUCUUAAAGAAAAGAAAAGGAGAAAAAAAAGAAGAAGCUAUCUUUCGGAGCUGCUAUUUCACUCUGUUAUAGGGGAAAAAACGUAGCAUGCUUCCCGGAAUGCUAACAUAUUGGUGUUUUUGUAAGAGGGAUGUACAUAAAUGUAUUUUGCACUGUCACAAUGACUCCCUAGGCAUGCUUUUUGGGGGGCAAUCUCUUUUUAAAGAUGCUAGAGCCAUUUCACCGAGUUUAUCUGUAGGAUAGAAUAGUGGUGGGUUCUUUUUUUAUUUUUCUUUCUCCCCCUUUCCCCACUUUUUCUCCCCUCUUUUUUUUUCCAAAAUUCACUAAUAGGGAUGUGUUUUUUUUAUAAAAAAAAGUAUAAAAAAUAAAACAGGCUAUCAUACUUUUGAAGAAAAGAAAAAAAGCAGUGCAUGCAUAUCACUGUAAGGUCGUUAGAUAUUUCUGAUUUUACAAAAGAGA